UGCCUCUGUUACUAUAUCAUUCUCUCGUUCUCCAUUUUCUCUUCUAUAUUGGGAUUUGGAACUCUCGAUCUUGAUUUUCAUCAAUGGCAGGAGGAGCAAUCGUCAACACUGCCGGAGGGAAGGACUACCCCGGAAAGAUGACUCUUUUCGUCUUCUUAACAUGCCUUGUAGCCGCCACCGGAGGCCUCAUCUUCGGCUACGACUUAGGGAUCUCCGGUGGUGUGACGUCCAUGAAUUCGUUUCUGAGGAAAUUUUUCCCUUCAGUUUACCGUAAGCAGCUGGCGAACCAGACCACCAACCAGUACUGCAAGUUUGAUUCUCAGUUGCUUACCACUUUCACAUCUUCACUCUAUCUGGCCGCGUUGAUCGCUUCCUUCUUCGCCAGUACCGUCACUAGGGUGUUUGGCAGGAAGUGGUCUAUGUUUGGGGGUGGCAUCAUCUUCUUGGUUGGUGCUGCCAUUAAUGGCGCAGCCAAGGAUGUCGCCAUGCUCAUCAUCGGCCGUAUCUUACUCGGAAUCGGUGUUGGCUUUGCCAAUCAGUCUGUUCCAGUUUAUCUAUCUGAGAUGGCUCCGGCGCGUCUGCGUGGUAUGCUUAACAUGGGUUUCCAACUAAUGAUCACUAUCGGCAUCCUUGUUGCCAACCUCAUCAAUUAUGGCACUGCAAAAAUCAAAGGAGGAUGGGGUUGGAGAAUCAGUCUUGCUCUCGCAGCUGUCCCUGCAGCCAUUAUUACUUUAGGUUCUUUGUUCCUUCCUGAUACUCCCAACUCUCUCAUUGAACGUGGUUAUGAUGAGAAAGCUAGGAACAUGCUUCGUCGGAUUCGCGGCACUGAUGAUAUCACCUUAGAGUACAAUGACCUUGUGGUGGCUAGUGAAGAGUCCAAGGCUGUCAAACACCCAUGGAGGAAUAUACUCCAAAGGAAGUAUAGGGCCCAACUCACCAUGGUCAUCUUCAUUCCCUUUUUCCAACAAUUUACGGGCAUUAAUGUCAUCACGUUUUACGCACCUGUGCUCUUCAAAACCUUUGGCUUUGGUGCCGAUGCUUCUCUUAUGUCUGCAGUUAUUACUGGUCUUGUCAAUGUCUUUGCCACCCUUGUUUCCAUCUUCACUGUUGACAAGUAUGGUAGGAGGCUUCUCUUCUUAUUUGGUGGAGUUCAAAUGAUCAUCUGCCAGAUUGUAGUUGGAACGUUGAUUGCCGCCAAAUUUGGAACAAGUGGAGAAGGACAUCUCCCCAAAGCGUACGCAGGCUUUGUGGUGUUGUUCAUAUGUCUCUAUGUUGCGGGUUUUGCAUGGUCCUGGGGGCCUCUCGGGUGGCUCGUCCCUAGUGAAAUAUUGCCUUUGGAGAUCCGAUCCGCUGGACAAAGUAUCAAUGUCUCCGUGAAUAUCUUUACCUUCCUCAUUGCGCAACUUUUUCUUACCAUGCUAUGUCACAUGAAGUUUGGUCUCUUCUAUUUCUUUUCUGGAUGGGUGGUGAUUAUGACCAUCUUCAUUGCCUAUCUCUUACCGGAAACCAAGAAUGUACCAAUUGAGGAGAUGAUUCUUGUGUGGAAGAACCAUUGGUUUUGGAGCAAGUUCAUCGCAGAUAGUGAUGUUCAUGUCGGCAGCCUUGAGAUGGGCAAUGGAAAAUCUGUUUCUGUAUGAUCUUCUUUGAGAGUAAACUGAAAGUCCCAUGUUCUUAGAUAAAAAUAGCUUUAGUGCAUAUUGUUGGAUGAUUAUGCUGUACUAUGUUUAAGGAACUUUUCACUUAUCUGUUUUUUUUUUU